AAGAACUUCCAGGUCGUGUGGAACAGAGAUGCUGACACCACAUUACAGGGUCCCCAGUCUCCUGGUUAUCCUGCUGGGCCCCAUCCUGAUGGCUGCCAGCCGGGCCGCUAUGGACAGCCAAGCCCUGUAUGAGAUUGAGAAAGAGCCGGCAUAUUGGGAUGCACAAGCGAGGGUGACGCUGGAUGCUGCGCUCAGACUACGUCCUCGGGAGCACCAGGCCAAGAACAUCAUCCUGUUCCUCGGUGACGGAAUGGGCGUGUCCACAGUGUCAGCAGCUCGAAUCCUGCGAGGUCAGAUGGAUGGUGGAUCUGGAGAAGAGACGAUACUAGCCAUGGACACCUUUCCAUACGUGGCCCUCUCUAAGACCUACAGUGUGGACAAGCAGGUAGCAGACAGUGCCAGCACUGCUACAGCCUACCACUGCGGUGUGAAGGCCAAUGCAAAGACAGUAGGACUCAGCGCUAAAGCGGUGGCCUACGAGUGUAACACCACCUUUGGUAAUGAGGUCUACUCAGUUCUGCGGCGCGCUAAAGCACAAGGUAAAUCAGUAGGAAUAGUGACCACCACCCGUGUCCAGCAUGCUUCCCCAGCAGCCGCCUACGCCCACUCUGUCAGCCGCAGCUGGUAUAGUGAUGCAGAUCUUCCUUCCAGUGCUCGCGAACAUGGUUGCGUCGACAUUGCCACCCAGCUAGUCACCAAUGUUGACAUUGAUGUGAUUCUUGGUGGAGGCAGGAUGUACAUGACUCCAAAAGGCACCCCAGACCCAGAGUACCCUACCUCCAACUCCCGCAAGGGGGACCGCAAAGACAAGAGGAACCUCAUUGAUGUGUGGCUGAAGGCUAAACCAAAAUCACGCUAUGUUUGGCACAGAAGGGAGUUUGAUGAGAUAAAUGUUAAAAAUACUGACCGUCUCAUGGGUCUGUUUGAGCCCAAAGACAUGAGAUUUGAGGUUUUCCGGAAUAGCACGCGUGAUCCAUCCAUUGUGGAGAUGACAGAAAAGGCUAUUCAAAUACUGAAGAAAAAUCCAAAAGGAUAUUUCCUGUUUGUGGAAGGAGGGAGAAUCGAUCACGGUCACCACGAUGGCAUUGCCAAACUGGCACUGACGGAAGCUGUGAUGUUUGAUCGUGCCAUUCAUCGUGCUGCACAGCUCACCAGAGAAUCAGACACGCUGACUGUGGUCACUGCUGACCACUCUCAUGUCUUCACCUUUGGUGGCAACACGGCUCGAGGAAACCCCAUCUUUGGAUUAGCCCCAAAGAAAGCUGACGACCAAAUGCCUUUCACUAGCAUCCUGUAUGCCAAUGGCCCGGGUUACGUCCAUAUAAAUGGAACUAGAGAGAACAUCACUUUGGUGGAUUACUAUGAUGAGGAGUACAUGCAGCAGGCUGCUGUGCCACUGGAUGCUGAGACACAUGGUGGGGAGGAUGUGGCCAUCUAUGCCAAAGGACCAAUGGCUCACCUGUUCCACGGUGUAAAGGAGCAGAAUUAUGUGGCACAUGUCAUGGCCUACGCUGCCUGUUUGGAGCCUUACACAAACUGUCCUCCUCACACUCACCGUCACACUCAUUCCUCCUCUGGCUCUGUGAACACACCUUCCAGCCUCUUGUUUUUCCUUUUCUGUGUUCUCUUGUUGUUCAGAUGACCCCACCCAAUCUGGCACACGUGUUACUUUGUAUAAAUGUAGCAAUAUGCACUAAACACUCGCAGGGUACGCAUGUGCACUGUAUGCGCACAGGCUGUCAACUUAGAACCCAGGGAUAAAAGUACUGUAUUUCUUAAGAGAAAAAAAGAUUCUCUGUACGUCCAUAUUUACAUGCACAGUUAACCUAACAUGCAUGCAAACGUAGGCUUAACUUGCAUGUGCUA